UCAGAAAAUGAUAAGUAGCCCCCUUACACUCAUUUUUUUUAAUUUAUUUUUUUCCAUCGUUGCUCCUUGAAAUAGGGUAAAAAAGUCAUUCUCAGGGUUUGAUUUUCUGUGAUCAGACCAAUAACGUUGUCGAGAUCAGUGGGUGUGCACGCAGCUGAUCAUCGCUCUUCUUCGAUUCGUGAAGUGUCCUGUUCUUGUUAAAUUGGCCAUCUUUCUCUGCUUGAUAAGCUCGAUAACAAGCAAUCUCUAACGUUUCGAUUUCCACACAAACAGCUGUAGGUGUGCAAACCCUUGCCAUCAUACUGUCAGUUGGACAUUUUUUUCCUUUCUCCUUGACGAUCAAUUUAAAGAACAUUCUGCGGCAAUGAGGAGUGGGUUCUAAAGCUUGUAGAGUACAUUUCUGGUAGAAGAUGGAAGUCUGUCCUGUCCUCAGUUCUAGUUAUGGCUCAAAGCAUCGCCCUUUGACUCCUCUUAGGGUUUUUAGGGGUUUGAUGUGUUUAGUGAUUCUUCUUUAUACCGCGUUCAUGUUUUUGGUGUAUUUUGGUCCCCCGGCUAUGAUGUUGCGCUGUUUAACUAUACGCUAUAGUAGGAAAGCAAUAUCCUUCUUUUUUGGUAUUUGGCUUUCUUUAUGGCCCUUCUUAUUUGAAAAGAUAAACAGGACUGAAGUUAUUUUUUCCGGAGAAACUGUUCCACCAAGGGAACGUGUCUUACUUAUUGCCAACCACAAAACUGAAGUUGAUUGGAUGUACCUGUGGGAUCUUGCAAUGCGGAAGGGCUGCCUGGGCUACAUAAAAUAUGUCCUUAAGAGCAGUUUGAUGAAACUACCUGUUUUUGGUUGGGGUUUUCAUAUUUUGGAGUUCAUUUCAGUAGAGAGAAAGUGGGAAAUUGAUGAACCAGUCAUGCGUCAAAUGCUUUCAACUUUCAUUAAUUCAGAGGAUCCUUUAUGGCUUGCUGUCUUCCCAGAAGGAACUGAUUUUACUGAAGAGAAGUGCAAAAGGAGUCAAAAUUUCGCAGCUGGAAAUGGAUUGCCUGUGCUGAAGAAUGUGCUGCUUCCAAAAACAAGAGGCUUUUGUACUUGCUUGGAAAUUCUGAAGGGCUCCUUGGAUGCAGUUUAUGACAUUACUAUCGCGUACAAGCACGGAUACCCUUCUUUCUUGGACAAUGUCUUUGGCAUCGACCCUUCAGAAGUUCACAUACAUGUUCGACGCAUCCCUGUGGAGGAGAUUCCAGCAUCUGAAAGUGAGGCGGCUGCUUGGUUGAUAGAUGUGUUCCAGCUCAAGGAUCAAUUGCUCUCAGAUUUCAGUGUUCAAGGUCAUUUCCCCCAUCAAGGAACAGAAGGAGAACUUCCAACAUUGAAGUGCUUGGUAACUUUUACAGUACUAGUUACUUUGAUUGGCAUGUUUACAUUCCUUACCUUUUGCUAUUCCGUUUGGUUUAAAAUUUACAUAGGUUUGUCUUGUACAUAUCUUGCUUCUGCUACUUAUCUCAAUAUCAGAACAUCGCCAGCUCUGGGCUUUGUUAAACCAAUGAUAUGUUGUGAGAGAACAAAGAAGUGAACAGCUAGUCUAUAAAGUUUUUUGAAUCA